AGGGGGCGGGGUCGAUCGAUCUUCUCAGGUUCUGACACCCUAGGCAGGCCCAGUGGCCCGAGUCCGCUGGAGCGUACGUUCGGGGGAAUUUGUGCUUGCCGGCGAUGUGGGGUGGCGAUCGCCUGGCGGGUGCGGAGGGUGGUGGGGUAGAGGUGACUCUGGUCUUCACCAACGCUCGAGACUGCUUCCUCCACUUGCCGCGGCGUCUCGUGGCCCAGCUUCACUUGCUGCAGAAUCAAGCUAUAGAAGUGGCCUGGGGUCAUCAGCCUGCAUUCUUGAGCUGGGUAGAAGGCAGGCAUUUUAGUGAUCAAGGUGACAGUGUGGCUGAAAUUAACAGACAACUUGGUCAGAAACUUGGACUCUCAAAUGGGGACCAGGUGUUUCUCAAGCUGUGCUCCCAUGUGGUGUCUUGUCAGCAAGUGGAGGUGGAACCCCUAUCAGCAGAUGAUUGGGAGAUACUGGAACUGCAUGCUGCUUCCCUUGAACAGCAUCUGCUAGAUCAAAUUCGAAUAGUUUUUCCGAAAGCCAUUUUUCCUGUUUGGGUUGAUCAGCAAACUUACAUAUUCAUCCAAAUUGUUGCACUGAUUCCAGCUGCUGCUUAUGGAAGGCUGGAAGCUGAUACCACACUCCUUAUUCAGCCAAAGACCCGCCAGGCCAAAGAGAAGACAGUUUCAAAAGCAGAUAAUGCACAUGGGAAAUUUCACAAUAGGUCUAAUAAAACAGAAGUUACAGUUGACUCACCAUCCAUGCCAAGCUUAUGGACUUUGAUAGGAAGCAUUUUUUCUUUUGGGUCUGAGAAGAAACAAGAGCUGUCUUGGGGUUUAACUGAAAUGAAUGCAUUCAAAAAUAUGCAGUCCAAAGUCGUUCCUCUAGACAAUAUUUUUAGAGUGUGCAAAUCGCAGCCUCCCAGUAUGUGUAAUGCCACAGCAACUUCUGAGUUUCGCAAACACUAUGCCGUUCAUGUAUUUCCAUGGGACCAGGAAUAUUUUGAUGUGGAGCCCAGCUUUACUGUGACCUAUGGAAAGCUAAUUAAGCUACUUUCUCCAAAGCAACAGCAAAGUAAAACAAAACAAAAUGUCCUGUCACCUGAAAAAGGGAAGCAGAUAUCAGAACCACUAGAUCAAAAACAAAUCAGCUCAGACCAUAGUCAAGAAGCUGCUAAGUCCUGUGUGCUAAAGGUUGUCUGGAAUGGACUUGAGGAAUUGAAGAAUGCCAUAAAGUACACCAAAGACAUAGAAGCGCUUCAUCUUGGGAAAGUGUGGAUUCCAGAUGACCUGAGAAAGAGACUAAAUAUAGAAAUGCAUGCAGUAGUCAGAAUAACUCCAGUGGAAAUUACCCCUAAAAUUCCAAGAUCUCUAAAAUUACAACCUAGAGAAAACUUAAUGCAAGGGAUUUGCUGUACGUAUAGGCAUCACAUAUGCGUUCUUGGCAGAAGGAAAGACACAAAGCAAAAACCUCCUUGCAAGCCUAAAGAUGUAAGUGAAGAAGAUGUAAAAACUGUGUUCUCUUCAUGGCUACAGCAAUGUACCACUACCACACUUCCUUUGAUAAUAUCAGAGGAAGAAUAUAUUAAGCUGAGAAUUAAAGAUGAGUUGGAGGAGUUUUCUCUAAAUAUAGUUCAUUCUGGGGAAAAAGAAAAAGAAAACAUUUUUUUAUUGAGUCCCAAUCUGCUGCAGAAGAUCACAAUACAAGUCCUUCUAGAUCCUAUGGUAAAAGAAGAAAACAGUGAGGAAAUUGACUUUAUUCUUCCUUUUUUAAAGCUGAACUGCUUGGGAGGAGUGAAUUCUUUAGGUGUGUCUUCCAUGGAACACAUCACUCACAGCCUCCUGGGGCGCCCUUUGUCUCGGCAGCUGAUGUCCCUUGUAGCAGGACUUAGGAAUGGAGCCCUUUUAUUCACAGGAGGAAAGGGCAGUGGAAAAUCAACUUUAGCCAAGGCAGUCUGUAAAGAAGCAUUUGACAUAUUGGAUGCCCAUGUGGAGAUAGUGGACUGUAAAACUUUACGAGGAAAAAGGCUUGAACACAUACAAAAAACCCUGGAGCUGGCUUUCUCAGAGGCGACAUGGAGGCAGCCUUCUGUGGUUCUGCUGGACGACCUUGACCUCAUUGUUGGCCUGCCUGCUCUCCCAGAACAUGAGCAUAGCCCUGAGGCUGCGCAGAGCCAGAGGCUUGCACAUGGUA